CUGCUAGAAGUGACACACACUGACCCUGCACUUCCAGCCUGUGUACUCCUAGAGGGAUCAGAGGAGGGAUCUGUCACCUGAGGCGGGGCUCAUCUUUGCAUAUCUUGGGUUGCUUGCUCUCAUCAAAUUUUCACAACAUAAACACAUGAAAUGUAUUCUUGUCCUUUUUCCAUGAGCUCAGCCUGGUUGCAGCAAUCAGGAUCUGGGCAGGUCUCCCUGUGAGCUCUGAUCCUCACCAUCAUCCUUCAUGAAAGUUGGCUGCAGCUGUUCAGGACAUCCAUCCAUGUGCUGACUGCUCCUGGGACUCUGCAUGAUGAAUGGAUCGGAAGAAAUCCAUCACUUUGGCUUCAUUGUGGAUACCAUCUCGACCAGCCAGGUUGUGAUUAAAAAUAUUGAGCGAGAACUCCUAUGUCCUUCCUGCAAAGAACUGUACACCCAUCCCUUGAUUUUACCAUGCCAGCACAGUGUCUGUCACAAGUGUGUGAAGGAACUCCUCUUCCUGACUAUGGAAGAUUCCACCGAUGUCAGUUCAGAAGCUUCAACACCAGGAAGUCCACGUGUUCGGAUUCAGUCACCUAGUGUGGAAAGACUCGACCGACUUCUCAGAUCAGCCACACAUCGGAGCUCUUUUGUAAUGAGAAGCAGAGGUUCUAAACGCAAUUCACUGACUCCCAAGAUUACAACGCUGUCAUGUCCUGGAUGUUUACGUGAUGUGGACCUCGGCGAGCGUGGGAUCAAUGGGCUUUUUAGGAACUUUACACUGGAGACUAUUGUGGAACGUUAUCGACAGGCGGCUCGGGCUGCCACUGCAAUCAUGUGCGACCUUUGUAAACCUCCAGUUCAAGAGUCCACUAAAAGCUGCCUGGAUUGCAGCGCUAGCUAUUGUAACGAGUGCUUUAAAAUUCACCAUCCCUGGGGAACUGUCAAAGCUCAGCAUGAAUAUGUUGGACCUACAACAAACUUCCGACCAAAAGUGCUUAUGUGUCCUGAACACGAGUCAGAAAAGGUGAACAUGUACUGUGAGAUCUGCAGGAGGCCUGUGUGUCACUUGUGUAAACUUGCAGGUGCACAUGCUAACCACAGAGUGACCACGAUGAGUAAUGCAUACAAAACACUAAAGGAAAAACUUACAAAAGGUAUCGGCUAUCUUAUCAGCAAAGAAAGCCAAGUUCAGACCCAGAUUUGUGAACUGCAAAUCUUGAUAACACGCACUGAGAGCAAUGGAGAACGAGCUAUAGAGGAAGCAACUUACAAUUUUGAAAAACUGUUUAAUAUUUUGGAAGAGAGGAAAACAUUUGUACUGAAAUCUAUCCAGGACUCGCAAAGUGCUCGCCUGGAAAAGCUGCAGAACCAAAUGGAAGAAUAUCAGGGUCUUCUGGAGAAUAAUGGACUUGUGGGCUAUGCACAGGAAGUGUUGAAAGAAACUGAUCACUCAUGUUUUGUUCAGACUGCAAAGCAACUGCACACAAGGAUUCAGAAGGCAACAGAAACCCUGAAAACUUUUCGCCCAGCUGCAGAUUCCAACUUUGAAGAUUAUUUUGUCGAUAUUUCUAAGGAAGAAAAUAUGCUGAAUGACUUGUCAUUCUCUAAAGCUUUAGAUGUGCCUGAAAUUAAUGAAAAAGAAAGUAAGAUCUAUAACGGUGCUAAAAUUAGUUGGAGCCAGCCUAAUGACUCCGGUCUUGCAGACAGUUAUGUUCUGGAAUACAGAAAGCUUGACAAAAAUGAAGAUCCAAUGUGGAAUGAAGUGGAAACAACCAAUACCAGCAAAGUCCUGUCUGAUCUGGAUCUGAACAGUUCCUACUGCUUCAGAGUGCAGGGACUCAAAGGAUCUGUAUGUAGCCCCCGCAGCAGGGAGCUUGUCCUAAAGACGCCACCUGCACCAGUGUUUAGUUUCCUUUUUGAUGAGAAGUGUGGAUACAACAAAGAACAUCUCCUGCUUAAUGGCAGAAGGGAUACAGUGGAAAGCAUGGCAGGCCUUCCCCUUCUACUUGGAGCAGAGCGAGUACAAGUGGGCUCCUAUAUGUGCCUUGAUUAUAUCAUUGCUGAUGUUGGCAUCACCAAGGGGACAUACUUCUGGGCCUUCUCUGUAGAGCCUUAUUCAUACAUGGUCAAAGUUGGAGUCGCAUCUGACAUCAAAUUGCAGGAAUGGCUGCAUAAUCCACGCGACAUCAGCAGUCCAAGAUAUGAUCAAGACAGCGGCCAUGAUAGUGGCAGUGAAGAUACUGUCUUUGAUGCAUCUCAACCUUUUACCUUGGCGACUAUAGGAAUGAAGAAGUUUGUUAUCCCAAAGGCCUCUAAUGUUUCAACAGUGUAUUCUGAACGCACCAUAUCCCUUCCUAACAGAAUUGGAGUCUGCUUGGACUAUGAUAAAGGAAAAGUUGGCUUUUACGAUGCAGAUACCAUGAAAUGCCUUUAUGAGCGGGAUGUUGACUGCAUCGGAACAAUGUAUCCUGCUUUUGCCUUGAUGGGAGGUGGAGUCAUUCGUUUGGAAGAGGUCAUCACUGCAAAGCAGCUGGACUAUUCACAAGAAAUGUAAUGAAGAAAUAUCAGCAAUGAUCAGAUUGAUUUCACCAGAUAUCCUUAGUGUUUUGUUUGCACUGGUCUGUUUCUUUUAAAUGUCGUUCCACUGUUCGACUUUUUCCUGGUGACCAGUAGACUUUUGAUCAGGUUUACUUGUUUGUCUAGGCUUUCAAAACCGACUGAAAAGGGCUAUUGUAUAGCUUUUAGCUUAACAGUGAAAUGUCAGUUUGUUUUAACAUUGGACAUCACAAUUAUCUUUUGAAUGACCAUGAAUAUCCUUUUAACAGAAAUAAUCAUAUAUUCAAGGGGUUUUUAUUUCUAGUCCGUAUAAUGUAGUUAUGCUGAUCAAACUGCUCACCAUACACAGCAUUAAUUUAGUAGAACCUGCAGGGUAAUUGGUAUUAGAGCAAACCUAAUGUCUGCCUUUCUAAUCUCGUUGCCUCCACCCCAUGAUGAUCUGUGCCUUUUCAUCUACUGUUGGAACGCCACUCAGGCUCUGUUGGGUUGUAGGUGUUAGAAUUGAGGUGCUGUGAC